GCAUGCCGCGCUGUCCCGGCCGGCCACCCGCAGCUGCAAUAUGACUGGAGGAAUCCUCGGCUGGAGAGCAGAAGACCGAAAGGAUGGACAAGGUGGGGGACGCCCUGGGGAAGUGCUCAGCAAGGCUGGCGGCCGACGAGGACGACGACAGGGACGUGGCGCUGCAGGUCCACUUCACGCUGAUCCAGGCGUUCUGCUGCGAGGACGACAUCGACAUCCUGCGCGUCAGCAACCUGGGCCGCCUGGCCGAGCUGCUGCUGCUAGAGAGUGACCCGGGCCCCGUGGCCAGCGAGGGCGCCGCGCAGCCCCCGGACCUGCACUGCGUGCUGGUGACGAAUCCACAUUCGUCACAAUGGAAGGAUCCUGCCCGAAGUCAACUCAUCUGUUUUUGCCGGGCAAGUCGCUACAUGGAUCUGUGGGUUCCAGUGAUUAAUCUUCCUGAAUGGUGAUGGCAUCUGAAUGAAAAUAACUAACCAAAUUGUACUGAAGUGUUUGAAAUACCUUUGUAGUUACUCAAGCAGUUACUCCCUACACGGAUGCAAGGAUUACGGAAACUGAAGUGGAGCGACUGAGUGAGUUCAAGUACAUGUUCUAGGGGUUCGGAGAGAGGUGACUUUGCAGAUGGAAGGAGGUGAGAAUGAAGAAGGAAGAUGUGCUGAAACA